AGCGUUCACGGGUUUAGGGUGUAUAUGCUGGCGCACUCAAUGACAUUAAAGCGCAACGCCUGGAGGGGGCCAUAGCCAACUAGCUUUUGGCCCAUCCACUAAUAAUUAGACAUUAGUUGACUGUUUGGCAGGAAAGAAAGUGAAGGAAAAUCAAGUCAAAUUUUACCUGAAAAACAGUCUGUUUGAGUGACUCUGAAAAGGACAAAAGACAAAAAAGGGAAGGAUGGCAAGGGCAGGAGGGAUUACAAAUGCGGUGAAUGUUGGGAUAGCAGUGCAAGCUGAUUGGGAGAACCGCGAGUUCAUCUCUCACAUUUCGCUCAACGUUCGACGCCUCUUUGAUUUCCUUGUCCAAUUCGAGGCUACAACGAAGAGCAAACUCGCAUCGUUGAAUGAGAAGCUUGACACACUCGAGCGGCGUCUUGAACUUCUUGAGGCCCAAGUGGGUACUGCAUCAGCCAAUCAGCCUCUUUUCGCUACAUGAUGUCCGUUGUUGCUGCUGCUGCUGCGAUAUGCCUCUUCUGUAAGAAUAAUAUUGUCUUGAUUGUGAACGUGAACAACUAUCUUGUAUUAUCUCUGUUUGAAGCUAAUAUACUCGAGCGUUUUCAUGCUUCAUGAUGUCCGUUGUUGCUGCUGCUGCUGCGAUAUGCCUCUUCUGUAAGAAUAAUAUUGUCUUGAUUGUGAACGUGAACAAAUAUCUUGUAUUAUCUCUGUUUGAAGCUAAUAUACUCGAGCGUUUUCAUGCUUCUAUAGAGUAUAUGCUAUAUUUAGGAUC